GCUCUGUCCACAGCCAGGAAAGCCAAGCGAUUGCUCAGCAGUAGUGAGGCAGGACAGCGUACCGCAGCCUACUCUAGCACCGCAGCUCAGCAACAAAGAGAGAGACAACAUAGAAAAACACACACCGCUAACAACAUGACUCUGCCACGGGUUCUGCUGGUCUGCCUGGUCUGCUGCUGCUCUGUUCUGCUCACGCGAUGCUACGAGGAUGACAUCGAGGUGAACUACGCCGACAACUUUUACAACGAGAUCGCAGAGGGCGCUCAACCGGAAAGCAACCAACCACCAUCGGAGGCGGCCCCUACGACGUCCCCCUGCAAGUCGCCGGAGUUCAGCAAGUGGGACAAGCUCUUCACCAUGCUGGAGAACUCCCAGAUGAAGGAGAACAUGCUGUUGCAGUAUGCCGACAACAUCAUCAAGGUGGAGCUGCAGACUCUACGCGGGGAGAUGCUGCAGUUCGUGGCCAACUACGCAGGGGGCUGCUCCAGCGCCGUGGACACCGCCGGCCGCCGGCUGGCCCUGCAGCUGGAGAUGAAGCUGGCCCAGGCCACCGACCGCAUGAAGGAGGCCAACGCCGAGCAGAGGGCCCACCAGGAGGCGCUGCUGCAGCAGCUGGUGGUGGUGAGCCGGGCCCAGGCGACCAGGCUGACCAAGCUGGAGAGCACCUGCCUGAGUGCCUCGGCCAACGGCGCGGCCGACCGCUCCGUCCGCCAGGUGCCCGCCGUCGAAGGAGGCCAGCUGGAGAAGAGCCUCACCGCCAUGGCCACUGACCUGCAGAAGGCCCGGGCACAGCUGGACCGCUCCCUGCGCUCGGCCGAGAGGCACUUCCUGCCCUCAGGUUGCGAGAUGGCCCUACUCUUCCCCAUGCGCUCCCGGCGCAUCUAUGCCAUGGUGACGCCCGAUGCCGACAUGGGCCUCCAUUCCUUCACGGUUUGUCUGUGGGCCAAAGUGAGGGAGGCGCUCAACAAGACCGUGCUCUUCUCCUACGGCUCCAAGAAGAACCCCUUCGAGAUCCAGCUGGUGCUGAGCGGCCAGUCCCUGCUCUUCACCGUGGGCGGGGAGGCACACCUGGUGGAGGCAGGCAAAGCUGUGAUGGACGGCCAGUGGAGUCACGUCUGCGGGACCUGGAGCUCGGAGGAAGGCCUGGCCGCGCUGUGGGUGAACGGGCUGAAGGUGGCCAGCUCGUCCGGGGUGGCCGAGGGCCACGUCCUGCCUGAGGGGGGGACCAUGAGCCUGGGCCAGGAGAAGAACGGCUGCUGCAGCUUUGGCUUCGACAGCGGCGCCGACCCCAAGCUGGCAUUCGCGGGCAAGAUGACGGGGGUCAACCUGUGGGACCGGGUUCUCGGGGAGGAGGAGAUCUUCCAGAAUGCUCAGCGGGAAGGCUCCUGCAGCAGCCGGGGGAACGUAGUGGGCUGGGGAGUGUCCGAAAUUAUUCCACACGGGGGCGCUCAAUACAUCAACUAACUGCUGCCCUGGGAAACCUACAAGAGAGUCGGUGUUUCUCAGCUGCACACUGAGCAAUACCAACAACAGUAACAACAAAGCCCCUUUAUAGCUGAAAGACUGAUUUAGGCUCUCCUCAUCGAUGAAUGUUUCCCAUUUGCGGAACUUCUGUUACUCAUAACAGAAGCAAUACUCGGCCUUAGAAAGAGGAGUCAAAGAGGAACAAACAGCAUUUACCAAAGUUAAAAAAACAUUUAUGAAAGAAUAAAGAGUGAGUAGAUCUCAUGCGCUUUUAUCAGUAAGCCAGUUUGCCAGGUGCCUUGAAGGGGUCUUCUUUUAAACUUAUUUUAUUUUGUAUGAAUGGAAUCGUAUGCUUUUUUCCCCCUGCUACAUAAUGUGUAAUAUUUCCAACUUAGUAUUUAUCAAAAUGUUUACAUUCAAAUCCAGUAACAAUAUUAUCUCUGUUUGAUGAGUUGUUAUUUGUUUUUGCAUUUGAAGUGAUGUCAAUGUUUUCCCCCAUUUCACAUUGUUUCCUGUCACACAAAGACACUUCUUUUUAAGAUUGAUUAAGGAAAAUGUUUACAAUGUUUGCUACAACUGUCUUUCUGUUUUUGAAAUGUAGAAAAUGUGUAUUAUAUUGUAAAUUGUUUUGGCAAGACAUGAAAAUGAAUGUAUUUUGUAUAUAAAUAUUUUGUCAAAUGAAUAAAAGACUUUAAACAGACAAUGAAA